AUGGAGUUUUAUUCACCGCAGCCAGAACAUGCGCAGUUGCAUGGCGGUGCGGCCGGGUCGAAGCACGCGUCGCAGCUUUUGGCGAUGCUUCACCGCGAAGUAGACGACAGUUUGGAUGCAGUGUUAGAGGAAAAAUCGAUUUUAUCGCCUCCGCCGUCGCCGGAGACCAGCGACGACGAGGCAGAGGACGAGGGGCACUCGAAGAUUGUGGUCGGACCCGCUUGGAGCCCCGGUUUGGAUGCUCACAAGGCAAGGGUGGUGUUGAGGAACUUUCUGGCCGAGUAUCGCGGUCUGGGGCCGUCUGGAGCGGCAGUCCGGAGGCGGGCCGGUUUGGGGAAGUCGUUACGUGAGCCAGAGCGGUUUUACAGAACCCGCAGGAGAAGAGUACAGGGGCUGGAGAAGCCGGGAUCCGACGAGGAGGAGGAGGAAGAGGACGAAAGUGACGUGGUGAGGCCCAGCACGCCGGCUCGUCGCCACAGGCGGGUCACGGCUCCUCCUUGCGUUUCGCCCUUGGCGUCCGCCGCUGUGCUGAGCCACGGGGCGUCGCACUAUGUGCCGAGCAUGUCGUGGCAAAGUCUGCCGGACUACUGCCCCCCGGUGGAUACGCUUCCAAAUGACAGAUGUUUGAAAGUUGAAUGGAAGGGCUCGCCCAUGGACCUCUCGGGCGACCCGCUCCGGCACCUGUUGCAUCCCGCAGAGCUGGCUUUGGCACAGGUGCUGCGGUUGCCCUGUGACCUGUACCUGGACUCCAAGAGGCGGCUUUUCCUCGAAAAGACUCAUCGUUUGAAACAGGGGCUGCCUUUCAGGAGGACAGACGCGCAGAAGGCGUGUAAGAUAGACGUCAACAAGGCCUCGCGGCUCUACGCGGCGUUCGAAAAGGUUGGUUGGUUGAAAGAUUCUAAUUUUACAAGUUUUUUAUGA